AUGUCAGCUUUUCCACAUACUUCGUUCGUAGCAGGAAACUUCAAUAUUGGCAACGAUUUGACCAAUCACAUAGAAAAAUACUAUAGUAAUACUUUAAGACACAAUCUUAAAAAAACUGAGUUGGAGGAAGAAGGGAUUUCUGAAUUGAAAAAUAGGAUUGAUAUUUUAGUUCAGGCUGAUAAAAAUUUAAAGCAUCAACUAUUAGAUACUACAAGUGAAAAGCAAGUUCUUGAACAUAAACUUCGUGUUUUAGAAGAUAAACAAAGUACUGCCAAAAAUCUAGAAAGCCCAAGUGUCAUUAUUGAUAAAUUGGAACGUAAAUUAGAAGUACAUGAAAAGGAUAAACUUAUUGUAGAAGCACAAUAUGAAGAGGAGAGGCAACAGUUUGAAAAUGAGAUAAUUAGGCUGAAAAAUUUAAAUUGUGAUCUUAUGUCCUCGAUUAGAGACUUAGAAACGCAGAACUCUGAUUACUUAAACCAGAUAGACUAUGGUUUGAAGGCUAUUGCAGUAAAGGCUAGACAAGCACAAAUAUGGAAUAUAAAUCUAGAAAGGGAAAUACACGAAGCACUAAAUCUAAUUAACGAAAUGAACAACAAUGAAAUUGUCAAUUCAUGCUUGAGCGACUCUACCAAUAAAGCGCAUUCAGGACUUCCACGGAAUAUAUCGCCUGAUAAAAAUAGAGCACUCCUGCUUACUGAUAACUACGGUUUCAGGUUGUCAGACAAUUUAUCAGACGCACUGGAGGGAACAGGUUCACAUCUUCAAAUAGUUAGUAAACCUCAAGCGACCUUUGCGCAAGUAAUCCAUAACACCGGGCAGCUUAGCAGGGAGUUUGGAGAGAACGAUUUUUUGGUGGUUCUGGCUAGCAUGAAUGGUAUAACCCAAAAUGAAGAUGUUCUCAAACUGAUAAGAUCCACAGACCACACCAACGUGAUCCUGUGUACUAUACCUGUGAGUCCAAAUGAUCAGCAAUUUAACAGAAUUUAUAAAAAUAAUAAAGUAAUUCUCUCUAGUAAGUUUAGAUUAAGCUACACAAGAUCAAAAAUGCGAAUUCUGGAUGUCUCUUCUCUCUUGGAUAGAACAUCUUAUUUCUCUAAACUCCUUUCAAACAGAAAUGGCAGAAUUCGUAUGGCGAAUUUAAUCGGCCAAUUGUUGGUAAGAGUUUUUCCAUUGGUGGGUAAUAAAACCCAACAUGCUGGUGUGGAGUCAGUGAAACUCGAGGAUGUGGCUACUGAAAAUCUCUGGGUAAGAAUUAAUACUUUAAGGGGGAAUGAGUCUGAAAAGAAAAUUAACAAUGUUCCUGUCACUGACAUCAAGAAGGCUGCAAAUGAAGACCAAGAGGAGAAUAGUCGAAAUCAAAUAAAUAAAAACCAUAAUACCUACCAUUAG